AUGUUGGGCUCGGCAAAAGCAGAAGAGAAAAUCGAGUUUGUCUACCCGGAUGUUUUCAACGACCCCGAGAGGGACACGUUCCUCUAUGGCACCUUCCCGAAGGGUUUCGUCUGGAGCAGUGCAACCUCGUCCUACCAGAUCGAAGGCGCCUGGAACGUCGCAGAUAAAGGCGUCGGCAUCUGGGACACCUUCACCCACCAAGGAGGAAAAGUCUUCAACAACGACACCGGAGAUGUUGCAUGCGAUAGCUACCACAAGUACAAGGAAGACGUGGCUUUAAUGAAAGCCAUGGGUCUACACUAUUACCGUUUCUCCAUCUCCUGGCCGCGUCUGAUGCCAGACGGCACUGCGGCCAGUCUCAGUGCAGACGGCGUGCGUUACUACAAUGCCUUGAUUAACGAACUCAUAGCCAGUGACAUUACACCCAUGGUCACCUUGUACCAUUGGGACCUACCACAGGCGCUGCAGGACCAGGGAGGCUGGGAGAAUGAGACCAUUGUUGACCGCUUCAACGACUACGCUAGGGCGUGCUUCCAGAACUUCGGUGAUCGUGUGAAGCUGUGGAUCACUUUCAACGAACCCUGGAUCGUAUCUGUGCACGGUUACGGCAAUGGUGUGUUUGCACCAGGCAUUGCUGAGCCGGCAAGUAAGGUAUACACGACAACCCAUUACCUUAUCCUCUCUCAUGCCCACGCCUAUCACACCUACAGCACAGAAUUCAAGGCUACGCAGAAUGGGCAAGUGGGAAUCACUCUCAAUUCCGACUAUGCAGAACCGGCAGACCGCAGCAAGCCCGCGGACAUCGAGGCGGCUGACACCUCGCUCAAGUUUCACUUCGGCUGGUUCGCCCACCCGAUCUAUAAAAAUGGAGACUAUCCUGAGAUCAUGAAGACCAACAUCGCACAGAAGAGCGCCUACCAGGGCUUCAGCAAGUCGCGCCUGCCUGAGUUUACAACCGAACAGAAGGCCUUCAUUAAGGACACUGGUGACUUCAUCGGACUCAACCAUUACACCUCGUACUACGCCACCAGUGACACCCCCGACGACAGCCAGGCAUCCAAGGCGAGCUACUGGAACGACAUGAACGUCCGUUCAUGGAAGGACACCAAGUGGCCUGCCUCUGGAUCCAGCUGGUUGAAGAUUGUUCCUUGGGGAGUCCGCCGCCUACUGAAGUGGAUUUCUGACGAGUACGGUAGCGACAAACCUAUCUACAUCACAGAGAACGGGGUAUCCACGAAGGAUGUCUAUGAACUGGAGGACACCAUCCGGGUCAACUUCUACAAAUCUUACAUCAACGAAGUUCUUAAAGCUAUCGAGCUGGACAAGGUCAACGUGAAAAGUUACACAGCGUGGUCGCUAAUGGACAACUUUGAGUGGGCCUCGGGUUACAGCGAGCGUUUCGGCAUGCACUACGUGGACUUCAACGAUCCGGAGCGGCCGCGGACCCAGAAGGCUUCGGCUCGGUUCUACGCUCAAGUGGCGGCCGACAACGGCUUCCCGGAACCCUCAGGGGCUCCACACGUAACCAUCUCGUCAAUAGUUGGACUUUUGACUUCCGUAGCAGAGGAAAGGAUCGAGUUUGUCUACCCGGACAUUUUCAACGACCCCGAGAGGGACACGUUCCACUAUGGCACCUUCCCCGAGGGUUUCGUCUGGAGCAGCGCUACCUCGUCCUACCAGAUCGAAGGCGCCUGGAACGUCUCCGAUAAAGGCGUUGGUAUCUGGGACACCUUCACUCACGAAGGCGGGCAUGUCUACAACAACGACAAUGGAGAUGUUGCAUGCGACAGUUACCACAAGUACGAGGACGACGUGGCUCUGAUGAAAGCCAUGGGUCUACACUAUUACCGUUUUUCCAUCUCCUGGCCGCGUCUGAUGCCAGACGGCACUGCGGCCAGUCUCAGUGCAGACGGCGUGCGUUACUACAACGCCUUGAUUGACGAGCUCGUAGCCAACGACAUCUCGCCUAUGGUUACUUUGUACCACUGGGACCUACCACAGGCGCUGCAGGACCAGGGAGGCUGGGGGAAUGAGACCAUCGUUGAUCGCUUCAACGACUACGCUAGGGCGUGCUUCCAGAACUUUGGCGAUCGUGUGAAGCUGUGGAUCACCUUCAACGAGCCCUGGAUCGUGUCCUUGUUAGGCCACGGUAGCGGGGCGUUCGCACCUGGUAUUGCCGAACCAGCUAUCUUGGUAUACACGGUGACCCAUCACCUCAUCCUGUCCCAUGCCCACGCCUAUCACACCUACCGCACAGAAUUUAAGGAUACACAAAAUGGACAAGUAGGUAUCACCCUAAACACAGACUUUAUCGAGCCGGCAGACCGCAGUAAGCCCGCAGACAUCGAAGCGGCGGACACCACUCUGCAAUUCAAUUUUGGCUGGUUUGCCCACCCAAUCUACAUCGACGGUGACUACCCCGACAUCAUGAAGACCAACAUCGCGCGGAAGAGCGCCUACCAAGGCUUCAACCAGUCGCGCCUGCCCGAGUUCACGGCCGAUCAAAAAGCCUUCGUCAAAGGUACGGGCGACUUCAUCGGGCUCAACCACUACACCACGACAUACGCCACCAACGCCACACCAGACGAGAACGAUAGGCUGCCUUCUCAAGCGAGCUACUGGAACGAUCAAAACAUCUGGUCCUGGAAGGACUCCAACUGGCCCCCUUCAGGCUCUAGCUGGCUCCAGAUCGUGCCCUGGGGAAUCCGUCGCUUACUGAAGUGGAUCUCUGACGAGUAUGGUAGCGAUUUACCCAUCUAUGUCACAGAGAACGGGGUAUCUACGAAAGAUGUCUUCGAACUGGAGGACACCAUCCGCGUCGACUACUACAAGUCUUACAUCAAUGAAGUUUUGAAAGGUUUAACGAUUACACUUAUCAGUUAUUGCAUAUUAUUAGUAGUCAUUUGCGUUUCAAAUGACGAAACCAGAUUCGUGUAUCCCGACGUGUUCAACGACUCGCAGCGAGACACGUUCCUUUACGGCACUUUCCCCGAAGGGUUCGUGUGGAGUACGGCCACCUCGUCCUACCAGAUAGAGGGCGCCUGGAACGUGUCGGAUAAGGGCCCCAGUGUAUGGGAUACCUUCACUCACGAAGGGGGCAACGUUUACAACGACGAUACUGGGGAUAUUGCUUGCGACAGCUAUCACAAAUUCACAGAUGACGUGGCUCUGAUGAAAGCCAUGGGUCUACACUAUUACCGUUUUUCCAUCUCCUGGCCGCGUCUGAUGCCAGACGGCACUGCGGCCAGUCUCAGUGAAGACGGCCUGCGUUACUACAACGCCUUGAUUGACGAGCUCGUAGCCAAUGACAUCUCGCCUAUGGUUACUUUGUACCACUGGGACCUACCACAGGCGCUGCAGGACCAGGGAGGCUGGGUGAACGAGACCAUCGUUUAUCGCUUCAACGACUACGCUAGGGCGUGCUUCCAGAACUUCGGCGAUCGUGUCUCACUCUGGAUAACCUUCAACGAGCCCUGGAUAUUCACACUGCUCGGUUAUGGGACCACCACGUUCGCUCCUGGCAACGUCGUUGAUCCGGCCGUCAAGAUAUACACGGUAGGAAGGAACGUUAUUCUGGCCCACGCCACCGCCUACAACACCUUCCAGCGUGAGUUUGCCGCGACGCAAACCGCCAAGAUAGGAAUUACUCUUAAUUCCGAUUUCUUCGAGCCGGCCGACCGCGCCAGACAGAGUGACCUAGACGCGGCCGACAGGGCCUUGCGAUUCAACCUGGGCUGGUUCGCCAACCCCAUCUUUAAGAACGGCGACUACCCGCAGAUCAUGAAGGCUUCUAUCGAUACCAAGAGUGCCACCCAGGGCUUUGCUCAGUCUCGUCUGCCUCCCUUCACCGAUGAGGAGAAAGAGUUCAUCAGGGGCACGGCCGACUUCUUCGGGCUAAAUCAGUACACCACCGUGUACGCCACCCCUGACACGGUCAAUGACAGCCUGCCUUCACAGGCCAACUACCUUAAUGAUCGGAGCGUUUACAUCUACAGGGAUCCUGCCUGGCCCGGGGCAGGGUCUGCGUGGCUGAAAAUCGUACCCUGGGGUAUACGUCGACUUCUCAACUGGAUAGCUGAAGAAUACGGAAAAGAGCUUCCAAUUUACAUCACAGAGAAUGGCGUGUCAACUCACGACGUUUACCAGCUGGACGACAAGAUCCGUGUCGAUUAUUACAAAGCUUAUAUUAAUGAAGUUCUGAAAGCUAUCGAGCUGGACAAGGUCAACGUGAAAGGCUACACAGCGUGGUCGCUAAUGGACAACUUUGAGUGGGCCUCCGGUUACAGCGAGCGUUUCGGCAUGCACUACGUGGACUUCAACGAUCCGGAGCGGCCGCGGACCCAGAAGGCUUCGGCUCGGUUCUACGCCCAAGUUGUAGCUGACAACGGCUUCCCGGAACCCUCAGGGGCUCCUGCUACUGUCAGCUUUUCAUUGGCUGGUCUCGUUACUUGCGUUUUAUUUGCAUUGUUUAACUAGAUCCAGAUCAGUAACCAUUUGGAAUAAAACCUUGUCUUUACCGGGCUCUCUGCAUAAGUCGAAAGUAUACACCACGCUACCUCUUCAUCGGAACCCAAUUGCUUUACUGUAAAUAGUAGCGUCUUUUGAAGCAUAAAUUCAUGUUGUAGUAGUAUCUAUUUAGUUGAUGAAAAUUAUCCAUUAUUGUCAGAGGGUAUUUUGUGAAGUACAUAGUCAGUUAGAUAUCUUUUUUAAUAUUUGAAGCGAUUACUCCCUUGUAUGACACACUCCAGAUCAGACAGGAGAUAGUUGAAAGGGAGCUGCUGUCGACUGCUCCUGUCAAGUGAAUGAAAAGGCUAGUAAAUAAAAACUUCUCCCUGUGUUUUAGAAUAAAGUGUUCUAUCAAAUUA